AUGAUACUUUUAAAAAUAAAAAAAUUAUAAACAACAAUAUGAAACAUGAUAAUUAUAAUAAUGAUAAACAAAAUCAAAUGAAUAUUCUAUUUAAAACGACUGUCGAUUCGGGGAAAUUCGACGAAAUUUUUCCACCUGAUACAUCAACAUCAUCAUUAUCGAUUAAUGAAUCAAGUGGACAGAAAAGUCGUAAAAAUACAAAUAUAAAUGCUAAAAUGAAUGGCUUCAUGAUUUUUGAUCCAAAAAAUUUCAAUCUAAAUGAUUUAACUAGCCAAAAUGAUACAUCUAUUGUAGGCCUAAUUGAUCUGGAUUCGGAUGUAUUAAUUUUUCGUAAUCUUACGACAAGUGAAAUGUCAUUGUUGCUUGGCCUUGAAAAUCAAACAUUUGCUUAUGAUGGAAACGGUUUAGGAUAUAAUGAUGAAGAUGAUUAUGAUGACAAUGGUGAUAGUGGUUCAGGCGAUUUUGAUGAUAUCGAUUCAUUUGCCAUAUUGGAUUUUUGGCCAGGUCAAUUUAUUCUAAUAACAUUAUAUUCAUUAACAGCAUUUUUAUCAUUAUCAUUAAAUAUAAUAACAAUAAUUGUAUGGUUUUAUGGUGAACGAUCACAAUCAACCGAAAUAUGGCAUCUAUUAGUUAAUCUAUCAUUAGCCGAUAUUGGUAUGGCUAUAUUCUGUAUACCAUUUACUUAUACAAAUGUUAUGCUACAGCAUUGGAUAUUUCCACAUCCAUUAUGUCCGGUUGUUAAUUUUACACAAUUAUGUUUUGUAUUUGUUAGUGUUUGGACAUUGACAAUCAUCAGCAUCGAUAGAUAUUUUGCAAUCGUACAUCCAUUAUAUAAAUUACGUUAUAGUAAACGUUCAAUAUUGGCUAUAAUAUGGCUAGUUGGAUUAGCAUUUUCAUCAACACAAUUAUUUGUAUCACGUGCAUCACCAUAUAUGCUUUCAAAUCAUAAAUUAUAUGAAUGUAUUGAAGUUUGGUCAGAAGAAUUACAUGGCCAAAUUUAUACAGUAUUGGUAUUUGUAUUGACAUUUUUAAUACCGGUUUUGAUUAUAAGUUUAGCCUAUUCGGCUAUUUGGUAUCAUAUGGUAAAUCAUGUAACGCCUGGUAAUCCGGAUGUUGUACGUGAUACACAUCAAUUAGAUGUUAAAAAUAAAGUAUUCAAAAUGUUAACAAUGGUCGUUGGUUUAUUUAUUAUUUGUUGGUUGCCUAUACAUUUUUUCAAUCUUUUAUUAUAUUUUGCGCCAAGUAUUAUGAAUAUUGAAACGGAAAUCAUGUAUAAUGUAUAUUAUAGCUCAUUUUUUGUAUCACAUUUUCUUUCAAUGGUACAUAGCCUAAUUAAUCCUGUUGUUUAUUGUUUUAUGAGCGAAAAUUUUCGGCAUAAUUUAUUGUCCUUAUUUCCACGUUAUAGUAAUCGUUUAAAACGUUUUGAUUCAAAAAGUAUUGAUCAUGUUGAAAUGGGCAUACCAAUUACUGAUACAAAUCCGGAUAAUAUUACCAAUACAACAACAAUUGGUGGAACAAUACCAACUGCAACAAUGACUACAAUAAUAAAUAUUUCAUCAACAAAUGAUAAAACAAUUGAAAUGAUUAGCAUCGAACGAAACAAAACAACUAAAAAUGAUUCGUCAUUAGAGUAG